AUGACUUCUCUCGGAAAACGGACGGUUGACGCACGUGAGGAGGCGCGGCGUAACAGCCUGUCACCCCCCUCACUAUGCAACUAUGACCUCAUUUCCAAAGGCUUUGAAUUGCCAGCAGCAGCAACAUCAACAAAUCCGAUCAGGAAUCUCUAUGGACCUACGCUUGUGUUGGCUCUCAUCUUUGUCUUGACAGUCCUCGCUCUUCUUCCUGGGGCAAUGGAAGAACUUCAAAGCAUCAAUAAGUCAUCAAUUCUGUUGGAGGUUGAUGUUGAGAAAGGGCCGCCUCAGUCAGAUGCAAGCAGGCUUCCGCUUCCCGCUCAGUCCAAAGGAGGUUCAGGGAUCACGGUUUGCUACGUCGAUGUUUUUAAUAUGAAGAAAGCUGAUUUGGUAGACCUGUGUCGCCAAUACAAGCUUCCUGUUUCCGGUACAAUCAAGGUUCUUAUCGAGAGAUUACAGGAGUUUAGUGGUCAGCGAGAACAAUGGGACCGACUCACUACAGGUGUUGCUCGUCGUUCUCAUCUUGGGUUUAGCACCCAUUCUUCUACAAAACCAACAGCCAGCCACAAAAAGUCAGUGCAGCGUCGUGAAAAAAUGUUUUUGGAGUCAACAAAUACAGAAAAUGGCAAUCCGAAAUCUCUUCCAUCUAUUCUAUCAACGGCAGUUCAGCCCUCUCAUCAAUGGUGUCAAACUCGUCGAGCUGCCGAUCUUGAUUGGGCACGUUAUAUUGUCAAUUUAUACCCAUAUCGUAGAGAAGAAACUAGGAAUAGGUUGGCAGAGCGUGAUGCGGCACAAUUUAAUCAGAAACGACUGUUCUCAAGCUCAAAUGACGAUGACGUUAAGGCUGGGAUUGAGAUAGCGAAUGGCCAUCUCUUAAAAAUUGUCAACUGGGUUGAAGCUGGGACUACUUCUCCUCAUCCAACUCCAUCGCCCUCUCAUCAGCUUCAACCAAGCACAUCCCACUUUUCGGUGGCAGCUACUAAGGAUUUGCAAAAUUCUCAAGGUCAUUCAAUUUCUGCUUCUACCACAACCACUCCUACUCGCACAGUAACUAUGGCUAGUGGAUCUAUUACUUUUUCAUCAUCCGAUGUUCCACCACCACCCGCUGUUUCAUUUGCUUCUGAUAUUCCUGGAUUGAAUCGCAUGUGGGACGAUACAAGCAUUUAUUGGGAUGGAUAUUCUGUGCUUACAAUUAAGGGAACGGCCAUUCCUAUUGUAUACUGGAAGGAGAUAUACACCUCUAAGGGUAGUGUUGAAUGGAAGCCGAAGCAGUGGGAGUCACUCAAAGGGAAAUUUUUUGAUUGGAAGAUUCUUGUCCAUCAAUGGCGACAAGGAUCUCCCGAAGAUUUCUGGGCUAAAUUCACCAAAGACGGCAAGAUACUGGGCUAUCGUCAAAUUCUUGAUCAACUCGCUGAACAAAGAACUGCUCAUGAUGCACUUUUUGCACAACAGAUUAUGCACGAGUAUGGUAAUCAAUUUUCAUCUAUUUUUUCUUAUGUUAAGAAUGGGACAAGACAUGUCAAGACAAAACCUUGUCAUAUUAUUAAGCAGUACCGUAGGAUGAAGGGUCUCAUUAACGAAGACGACAAUGAUGAGGAUAAUUAG